AUGAAGAUGAGACAGAAAAGGGGACACAUACACAUACAAGAAGCACUUUUGGACGAAGUCCUCUCCUUCAAUAAAGCAUGGAAAUACUCGGAAAUGACCAAUCAAAAGGAAGAAUCGAGAAAUGAACGGAAAGCUGUAAUUCUUGGAACAGGCCACAAGACACUUUUUUUCAAACAGCUCUGUGAUGCCGCUUCAAAAUACGAGAGACACGUUCAUUAUCCAGAUGUACACUAUCUUACUCUAGAUCACAUGGGCGCAGAGCAUGUUGUGGAAGUCUCCGAUCCAGGAUUGGCUAGAACAGGAAACCGAGAAAUGGCACUGACCGACGCUGACUUUGCGAUUCUCUACUACUCAUCGGUGAACAUUGACUCUCUUCAAGCACUGCAGCCGCUCAUUCAACCGCUUCAGAACCGAAAAAACCUUCCGAUUCUGCUGAUAUGCGAUUCCGACGAAGUGGUACUAGAAGAAACUGCAUCUCAACAUACAAACUCUACAUCAGAAGGGUAUGAAUCAGAUGACCGAGAUGGUAUGAAGAGACACUAUUCAAUGGAACAGAUCAGGAAAGGACUAGAUGAUAACAUGACGUCUGUCAUCGAUCAGGGCGAGAAGUUGGCUCAAGAACUUGGAUCUCGUUGUUCCUACCUGGAAAUCAGUUCCAGCAAGUCUUCUGAUGCUAAAAAGGUGCUCACUCAGAUGAUAAUAUCACUGAGCAAGUCCGGACCAACUCGUAACCGGAGAAUGUCCAAAAUUGCCAGCUUGCUACGCUCAAAAUCAUCAGAUAAACCAGCCGGAGAGGACAUGAUCUUCGAAGCUGUCCAAGAAAAGAAGAAGGAGAAGAAAAAUGGGAAGAAGGAUGGAAAAAAUGAGGAAUCUAAAGUUUGUAUAGUAAUGUAA